AUGUUGAAGCCCAGUCCUCAGAAGAGUCCAGGCAAAAAAUGUGCAUUUUCUUAUGAAAAUGUAAUCUGCAGACAACAUUUCUUUAUAAAAUCACCACCUAGCCAGCUUUUCUUCUCUGCGGCCUCUUAGAAAAGGCGGAUUUUCAUUCUGUCCAAGAGUGGGAAGAGCUAUAGUCUUUCCGGUUACAAAGAUCAUGGGCAUUGUGGCAUCAUUGAAAUUGAUCGAAAUUCCACUGGAGAAGUUGGCACAAAAGGCCAGGAAACAUUGGGAGCUGUGCAGAGGAUGGUUAAGUGCCAGCCUGCGGAGGUGAUGUCCAUUAGAACCACUCAGAGGGAAUAUUUCCUCACUGGCUCUGACUGGGAGAGGAUUAAAGACUGGGUUUUCCUCAUCUCGUCAUUUUGCUGGGGUUUAAAAGCAGCACAGUGGAAUCCAGAGAUGACUCAUUUAAUGAAAGUAACUACUCCAGGAUUCAGACCAGGUGUUCCACCACAUGAUUUCUCAUCAGAGACUAUUCAAGAUAGAAAAAAAGAAAGUCAUUAUGUUAGUCUUUGAUGUGUUCUUUUAGAGCUGGAUAAGAUUAUUGCUGCCAAUGAUUCUAGUGAGUCCAAGAACAUGGGAGUCCACACGAGUUUUGUCAAAGACACACACCAUGAGCUUGCUGAUAGCAAAGAAGAAUCCCAGAUUCUUCCAGAGACCUAGAAUGAGGGGCUUCAUCCACAAGCACAAGGUUCAGGAAGUGACCUGUGUCUGUCACCUGCCGGCACCAAAGCAUAGGCCACACGUGACAAGGAGCCCACCUCCCUCACUGUUUUGCAAGUGACUAUAAUGCUCUAUAACAUUUCUGAUGAAAGCCAAGUGGAGAAAUUGAAUAUGUUUCUCUCUCCUCCUGACAUCACAAAUUAUCUUGCUCUCACAGAAGCCACAGGACCGAUAUGUGUGACUCAGUAGAGAGAACCCCCAUGCCUGGGGUGCAUAUUUUUUCAUGGAGAUCGCCUUCUGGCUGUGAAUGACCUGAAACUCCAGAGCCUGAAGGAGGUCUCCUUUUUCCUCAGCCAGACCAUCCAGAAGGAGAAAGUAAAAUUCACCAUUCACCAUAUCCCAAAUUCAGAGAAAUUCCAUGCUACAUACUGUACAUGCCAAGGUGUAGUACCUUUUCAGGUGGAUAAGGCUGAACUGGAGAGGGUCCUUAAGAGGAGUCCUGCGAUUAAAAAGAGUCCUCAGAAGGGAGACAACACACCAGAAGCCACUGCAACCCAGUGA